AUGAUGAUCGUGUUCGGUCGGUCGCGUCAGUCUCUGUGCCGCAUACACAACUAUGUGCUCGAUGCUCUCUACGACAAGUGGGCCGGCGUCCUCUUCUUCCAGCAGACACUCGUCGCCAAGCGCCUCCAGAAGUACAAGGACGCGAUUGUCGCUAAAGGCUCGCCUCUAACGAACGUCUUCGUGUUUAUCGAUAGAUCUAAGAUUGAGACCUGCCGCAUUACGCAGCGACGCAAGCGCAGGGACGACGGCGACGUGGAGCUCAUCAUCUACCCCGACAUGCAGCGCGUGAUCGGGGCGUACCAGGCGUGA